ACUUCCAGUAUGCCAUUUUUCUUCAAAAGCAAAUUCAAACAAGCCUACCUCCGCUUUGGUUUCAAAAAUCAAAUACCUGAAUCAGAAGUAUGAAAGAUAUUUGGAAAGGAAAUUCCCACGUUUCUAUCAGCUCUAUUCAACAUUUUUAAAAGGCUUGCAGGUUUUCUUUUCAGAAGCAAAAGAAAUAAGAAGAAUAAAGGCAGACAUGUUAAAUAAGAACAUCCAAUUCCAUCAACUUCCUUACAGGGAAAUGGAGAGACUAAGACAGUUUCGCCGGGACCUUAUUAAAGCCAUUCCUGUUGGGAUUCUCUCUCUUCCACCCUUCGCCAACUAUUUAGUUCUUUUGCUUAUAAAAGGAAACUGGACAUGAAGAUGAUUAGCUGUAGCAGAUUUGGACUAAAACAUGAUUAAAGGCCAAUCUGUCUACUGAUAAAGCCUGUGACUGCCAGCAAAGAAUAUGGGAUAUAUUGCACAAAAACAGAACUGGUGUAUUUAUUAAACCUUCCAUCCAUUUUUCAUGAGUGCAAGAUGGCUUACAAAAAAUAUUAAAAGAAAUACAUUGGAAAACAAACAGUAAUAAAACUGCAAAGAAGAACAAGAGACCAAUAAGAAUCACAUUUACUAUUAAUGGAAUCAUCAAGGUAAAUCUGGCCUGGUACCUAAAUUACGGCAACUGGGAAUUCCAAAUACUAGAAUUUUCCAAGACUGAGAAACCAGAUCUCAGAAGGUUAUAUAUGUAUUUCCAGGUCAGAUACUAUUUGAUAGAAGAAAUUUUAUUGGAUAAGAGCUGAGGUGGCACAGU